GCUGCAGCGCCGCGGCCGCCGCUGACAGCGCCGCGCUCGCAGCUCCCUGCCCGCAGCUCCAGCCGCUCCUGCCAGCCUUCUCCCAGGUCCGGCCCCCUCGUCCGCCUCGCAUUUGGGAUUAACUCGCCUAUGGAGAGAUGGUCUUAGCUGAAUUAUUUAAAGACACUUAAGCACAGCUUUUCCCCCGGCAGCCAGACUGAUUUCCCAAUGGAGCCCCGGAUUCCUCACAACAUCACCGUGGUCCCCAACUCAGCGAUGGUGCAGCCCUUGCUGGACAGUCGGAUCCCCUACGGGCGGCUGCAGCACCCGCUGACCAUCCUGCCCAUCGACCAGAUGAAGACCACCCACAUGGAGAACGACUACACCGACCACCCCAGCGCCUCCCAGCCCGCCCAGAAGCGCCCCCGAGCCCCCCACGAGCUGGGCUCGGGCAGCCAGCACGGCCAGCGCUGCGAGCAGGACGUCACCCACCCCUGGAUCUCCUUCAGCGGGCGCCCCAGCUCCAUCAGCAGCAGCAGCAGCACCUCCUCGGACCAAAGGCUGCUGGACCACAUGGCCCCGGUGCCCGUGGCGGAGCAGUCGUCCCCGCGCGCCGUGCGCAUCCAGCCCAAGGCCGUCCACUGCAAACCGCUGGAGCUGAAGGGCCCUGCAGCCCAGGAGCCGGACAAACACUUCCUGCUGUGCGAGGCUUGCGGCAAGUGCAAGUGCAAGGAGUGCGCCCUGCCCCGGACUCUGCCGUCCUGCUGGGUGUGCAAGCAGGAGUGCCUGUGCUCGGCGCAGAACCUGGUCAACUACUCCACCUGCAUGUGCCUGGUCAAGGGCGUCUUCUACCACUGCACCAACGAGGACGACGAGGGCACGUGCGCCGACCAGCCCUGCUCCUGCUCCCAGUCCAACUGCUGCGCCCGCUGGUCCUUCAUGAGCGCCCUGUCCCUGGUGCUGCCCUGCCUGCUCUGCUACCUGCCCGCCACUGGCUGCGUCAAGCUGGCCCAGAGGUGCUACGACCGCGUGAGCCGGCCCGGCUGCCGGUGCAAAAACACAAACAGUGUCAUUUGCAAGGCGCUGCCCGAGAGCAAAGGGGCAGAGAAGCCCUUUUAAUAGUUUGGGAGGAUGCUCUGUGGAGCAGGGUGGUGUUGGCUCUUUUUGAUAACCUGUGUUCUGAGGAGAGCGUUAGCCUCUCGCCGUCAGAGAAAGCAGAAGCAACUCUUUCCACAGACUGAAGCACUUUGGGUUAUUCAGGGUUUUUGGAACUGGUCGCAGUUGAAAUGGAUGGGGCCAAAGGAGGAAUGCCAGUAAUGCAGAGGGAAGGCUGCAAAGCCAUGGACAUCAUCAAGUACAGCUGCUGAGCAACUCCCAGCGUGGAGGGACGGCUGCUCACCAGGCCUGCACACCACAGGAACCAUUAACUGCUCGCUUGGCAGGCGCUGCCUCACAACCAAUCCCCACUCCCAGCUGCAAAAAGCUGCUUUGAAUUCGGAUUCAGGGCAGGCUACUUGUUUCCUGCCUCCUUCCAAACCCCAACUCGCUCCCAGCAGCCUGUUGAAGGUGAUGGGGGAACUCCCUCCACCCUCCUGGACACCACUGGUUGCACACAAAGUACGUGUUUUCUCAAAAGCUUUCUGCAUCCCUUGAAGAUUUUUGGACCAGAAGUGAAGCUACAUUUCAUUUGUUGGAGGGUCUUUUGCCCUUUGGGGGUAUCCCACCCAGCCCCACUGGUUUGGACCCUGUUUCUGAAGCAACCUGGUGCCAGGGCUGCUCCUCCUGGGGGAAUUGCAGCAGGAGGUGUUCAGGUGUUCAACACCAGUGCUCCUGCCUGUGAGCUGAGCCACAGCUUCAGCUUUCACUCCAUGGAACAGGAGUGUUCCACCAACAGAGCAGCCCUGCUCCAGGAGGAGGGCUGGUGGCCCAGGAGGACGGCUGGUGGCCCAGAAGAAGGGCUGGUGGCCCAGGAGGAUAGCUGGUGGCCCAGGAGGAUAAUUGGU